AUGGGAGCGGGUUUAUCGAAAUAUUCUGGACGAAUUGGCUGGUUUGAUCUACCAUUCGAUAUGCGAAGAUCAAUCAUCGAUUUGAUGGAUCUGAAAACAAGAUUUCAAUUUGCACAAUGUUCGAUACAUUGUCUUAAAGAGGUUGCUGAAAGUCGAAAUUAUAUUGAGAGAAUUGAACUGAAUGAAUGUGGAAAAGGGAUGGAGCGAGAUAUAAACAUUAUUAUUAUUAGUUCAAACAACGAAAAAUGGUGGUUCAGAAUACAGUAUAACGUUGUAUUUACUUGGGUAAGAGAGUGAGAGAGUGAGAGAGAUGGCAGAGAAAACAUACGAUGUUUCAGCCCAAAAUUGUAUGCCUAAAACCGUUGGUAAUAUGGGGACAGAAAGAUGAACGUGUAGAAGAAGGCGAAUUAUUUGAAAAUGGAGAUUUGAAUGAUGUUGCUUUGAAAUAUUUCAAUGGUUUAGUGAAGAAGAAUACGAAAAGUUUGAAAAGUGUGAAGAUUUUAAUUGUGAGUUUUGUUACCUUCAGAAGGCUUUUAGAAGCUUCUUAGAAGUUGUAUUUCUUUCAGGACGAUUUUCCCUAUAAUCAAACCAAUAUCAAAAAUCUGAAAUUCACAAAUUUGAGAUAUUUGGUACUUUAUGAAAAUAAGCAUGGAAUCGACCCGAUUAUGAGUGGAUUUGUUGAUUUCGAUAUGAUUACCCGUGUUGAAUAUAAUGUCAAAAUUCCCGAUUUGAAACUCGAUGAUUUAUUCAAAAUGAAAUCAAUGAAUCGAAAAUUAAUAAAUCCCAUAUUUUCUUUGGAAGAAUUCGAGGAUUUUUUGAUACAACUUUUGUUUGUAGAAGAAUAUGAUGAACAAAUUAAAGAAAUUGAAUUGGAUUUGAAAGGAAUUGAGAAGAAAAUGGGAAAAAAUAAUACUCAUGAGUAUUUUAUUGAAAUUAUCAGGAAAUAUGCAGAGCCUCGUGGUCUAUCAAUGAUUAUAAAUGGGGAAUGGAAAUGUCAAACUGGAUUCAUUCGACCAUCAAAAAAGUGGAAACAUCGAGAACACUGUAUUUAUUUUAUAGAAGAUUGUUUUAAAUAUUUCAUGAUUUCAGAAUUGGUACAAUAA